GUUCUAGGACUUAAUAACACUUAAAAAUCGUGACAAUUGUUAUAGAACACAGGCUGGCACCAGUGACGCUACCAUCUCCAACAUCCCCUUCGAGUCAAAAAAUUUCAUACCCUUUUUUUCCCGAAAUUUAACACCCAUUUUUAGUGUUCUGGCCCCAUAUCGAGCUAGCUCUCCACUACUAAGAUCUCCCCAUAUUGUUAGUAAAAAUCAUGACAAAUCACCAACUAAAUAGUCCCAAUCCAUAUACUUUUGAAAGGCCGAUCAUCCUAUCACCUCCACCAUUAGAACAAGCCAACUCUUCUUCAGUACUUCCUCAAUUAAGUGGUAAUACAGGAUCUAAGACUAAUAAUCCUAAUACUAAUACUAAUCCUAAUUCUAAUCCUAAUUCUAAUCCUAAUCCUCCUAAUAUUGAUAAUAAGAAUAUUAGCGUCCCCUUACCUCGUCAUGCUGAAAGACAACAAAGUGUUGGAUAUAAUUUACAACAUGAAUUUGAAACAUUAACUGCCGAUUUGGAUUUGGAUUUAACCAACCAUAAUCCAACAUCUACUUCCAUUACUUCUAAGUAUGGAUUUGGUUCAGAUUUACUCAGUGGAACUACUACUCCAUUAUCCAAUCCUAAUACUAAUUCCAAUACAAAUUCUCUUUUAAGAGGUGAACCUCCACAUUCUCAUCAUCAUUCUAAUAUAAUUUCUCCUAUUCCUAGUGGGAUUUCAAGUCUUUCUUCUCAUCAUGUACUUCCUGGAUUUUUGGGUAAUGGUCCAACUCCUAAUGGUGCUAAUACUUCAAAUAACACUACUACUUCCAAUUCCAAUUCUUCCAAUACUACCAAUGCCUUUUUACCUCCAUUAGCUUCAUUGCCAAAUAGACCACAAUCAGUUAAUGAUUUCUCAAAUUUCUUUUCAACUACUACCAAUACCUCCACCAAUAAUUCUAAUAAUGGUAAUAACAAUAACAAUAACAAUAUUAAUAAUAAUAAUAAUAAUUCCACUAACUUCUACCUGGAUAUAUUAUUAUUCUCUAAUUGGAUUGAAAAUUUAAAUCCCCAAGAAAUCUUAACUAUGAUUGAAUACUUAUGUAAUAAUUUACCGUUAGAUAUCUUAUUAACUUUCAAAUCUAAAUUGGAUAAUCACUUGACUUCUGCUCAACAAUCUCAAGCUCUGGGACCUCAAGGUAAUUAUCCAUUUUCUCCAUAUAAUGCUUAUACUCAAGCACCAUCGGAUUUAUAUAAUGAUAUGGAACAUUUGAAUCUUGGUGAGAAUAGAAUCGCUUCUCCUCCUCCUCAUCAACAUGCCCAUCAUGGUCAACAUCAUCAGUUGCAUGCUAGCCAACUUCAUCAACCUAAACCCAAACCAAGAGGUAGUCAUUACUUAUAUGUUGAUCAAAAGAAUCAAAGACCACGGUCAGCAGAUCCCUUGAGAUAUCAACAGCAACAACAAACCCAACAGCAGCAGCAACAGCAACAGCAACAGCAGCAACAGCAACAGAUUCAUCAACAACAACAGCAACAAUCUCAGCAGCAACAACAAUCUCAGCAACAACAACAGCUUGAAAGGGCCAGAUCUCCAACUUCUCAUUUAUAUGAGAAGACCAACUUCUUACAAUUGGCAGCAGCAAAUUCCAACCCACCUCUGGUCCAUUCUCAUCAACCUCAGGGAGGUAUUUCGACUUCUCAAUCCAAUAGUGGGACAACUACUAAUUCAAGUGGGAAGCAAGGUAGUCCAUCAGAUGAUAUGGAGCUCUCUGCAAGUACUGCCUUAAAAUUAGGUGCAUUGGCCACCAUUAACUCAAGAGUUGCGCUUGAUUCUAAUAGAAAGUAUGGCCAUCAUUUACAGCCUCAGCAGCAACAACUGCAGCAACAACUGCAACAGCAACAAGCACAACCACCACUGCAACAACUGCAACAACAGCAACAGAAGAGUACCCUGUUGGCACUUGCAUAUGAAGAUUCAAUCAAUCGAAACGUUAACUCGUCGUCGGUUCCAUUGAGUAUUCAUCGUGGAACCUCUGGCAGUAGUAAUAACUCUGUAAAAUCUCCAAAACAUAAGAAAUCCAACAACAGCAACACCAAUGAAAGUUUAUCGGGAAUAAACCCAAUUGGAUCUACUAGUUCUACUCCAUUAUCAUCAUCUAAUUCUUCUAUGCCUCCAGAAGUAUCUAAUGAAGAAUUGUUAAAUAACAUUCCCGCUUGGUUGAAAUUAUUACGAUUACAUAAGUAUACGGAUUGUUUAAAGGAUAUCCCAUGGCAAGAAUUAAUUGAAUUAGAUAAUGAUCAAUUAGAAGCUAAAGGAGUAGCUGCUCUUGGAGCUCGUCGUAAAUUAGCUAAAGCAUUUGAUGUGGUUAAGAGUGAUUUGGGUCAAACUAAAUGAUAUAUAUGUAUUAAACGAUUAACAAGAAGUAAAGUUAAAUAAAGAAAAGCAAAGAAAAAGAAAAGGUAAGAU